CUUGGGCGUAAAAUGAAUAAUGUGCAGCAGCUCCCAGCGUCGGGAGCGUGUCCCCAAGCAUCUAAUACCCCAAAGACCCUCUGACCCAAUUGGGAUCCGGUCCGUGCAUUUCUCAUCUCACCCUCCCGGCUGUUCCUCACACACUCUCGGUCAUGUGAUUGCCUGCUGUCGGUGCCCAGCCCUGACCAGCCCUGAGCAAGAGAGGAGCAUCCUUCAGUUGGGCGGGUAUUGAGAGGAGAUCUGCACCUGUCGAAUAAACUGUCUGCUGCCAAACCGGGACAAACCUAUUUAGGACAAGUGAGAAAGAUCUCCAGACUGUCAGAAAGGCUGAGGUAAUGGGUACACUGCGUGACCUCCAGUUUGCUCUGCAACUAAAGAUUGAGGAGCUCCGACAGAGGGACACACUGAUUGAUGAGUUAGAACUGGAGCUGGACACCAAGGAUGAACUCAUUCGGAGACUUCAGGAAGAACUGGACCGCUACAGAGCCACUGUCUCGGUCUCGGGUUCCUCUGCAGCCAGUGCCGCAUGCUCUGCUUUAGAUGAGGAGAACCAGAGAACCAAGAGGAAGACGGUCAUUUCUGAGCCUUUCACUCUGGACCCAGUUACUUUGGCUAUGGUUUCUCAAAGAAGCUGUGACAAAAGCCAGGAGUCUCAGCGGCUGAUUCAAGCAGCAUUUUUAAAGAAUGACUUAUUGAAAAACCUUGGCGUUGGAGAAAUCAGAGCCAUCAUCAGCUGUAUGUAUUCCACCAGCAUCAAUCAAGGCUGUUAUGUCAUUCAAGAGGGAACCAAUGGAGCGCAGGCCUACGUUUUAGAAGAGGGGAGGCUGGAUGUGAAAAAGGACAGACUGACGCUGGUCACAAUUGAACCAGGAGAUGUAUUUGGAGAGCUGGCACUCUUGUACAACUGCACCCACAACUACUCUGUCUCAGCUCAAAUGGACAGCAAGCUGUGGGUUAUUGACCGCAAGACUUACCAGACCGUACUUAUGCAGAGCGGUCUCAACAGCCUUUCUCAUUCAAUGGAGCUGCUGAGCAGCGUUCCCUUCCUGCAGUCAUUACCAGAGGAUGUCAUGAUGAAACUGUCUGAUCUCACUGAAGAGACACACUACACUGAAGGCGACUACGUCAUCCGACAAGGGGCCACAGGAGACACCUUUUAUAUCAUUAGCAAAGGCCAGGUGAAAGUGACAGAAAAGAAGCCGAGCCAUGAAGAGGAGACAAUCCUGUUGAAGCUGUCAGAGAGACAGUGGUUCGGAGAAAAAGCUCUAUGGGGAGAGGAUAUCCGGACUGUGAAUGUGAUAGCUGCAGGGGACGUUACAUGUUUGGUGAUAGACAGCGAAACCUUCAAAGAAAUUAUGGGUGGGUUGGUAUUUGACUGCAGUCAUGAGGUGCAGCAAAGCAAUACAUCCAAAUCCAAGUCCGACAAACCUGCUGAGCUCCCUCCGUGCUCCACAUUAAAUGAUUUCCAGAUUCUGUGCACUCUUGGGGAUGGAGAGUUCAGUCACGUAGAUCUGGUGCAACUAAAGAGCAACAUCAAGUGUCAUUUUGCCAUGAGGGUUCUGAAAAAGAAGAUGAUUGUCAACAAUGGUCAACGAGAGCAUGUUCUGAGAGAACUGCAUGUGUUAAUGGAGACCCACAGCUCAUUCAUAGUCAGGCUACAUAAAGCUUUCAGAGAUGCCGAGAACCUGUACAUGUUGACAGAGGCUUGUCUCGGCGGUGAUUUUUGUAUUCUGCUCAGAGAUAGAGGAUUCUUGGAUGAAUACAGCACCCGAUUCUACACAGGUUGUGUAGUCGAGGCUUUGACCUUUCUUCACUGUCAAGGUGUCAUCUACAGAGACGUCAAGCCUGAAAAUGUUGUUCUGGAUGAGCAUGGUUAUGCCAAACUGAUUGGCUCUGGUUGUGUUAAGAAGGUUGAGGUGGGUAAGAAAACCUGGACAUUUUGUGGCACUCCAGGCUACAUGGCCCCUGAAGUCAUCUUAAACCAAGGACACACUAUAUCUGCAGAUUUAUGGUCACUGGGUAUUUUUGUGUUUGAGCUUCUGACUGGUAGUCUCCCAUUCUGCGGCCCUGAACCAUUGAAGAUUCUGACUGCAACCAUCCGUGGCAUUGAUCAGAUCGACUUUCCAAAAACCAUCAGCAAAAGUGCUUCAAGUCUUAUAAAGAAAUUGUGCAGGAACAACCCCUCAGAGAGACUGGGCUGUCAAAGAAAUGGGGCCAAGGACAUCCAGAAGCACAAGUGGUUUGAAGGUUUCGACUGGGAUGGGCUCUGUAGGGGCAUGUUAAACCCACCAAUCAUUCCCAAAGUAAAGCUUCCUUUGGAUAACAUGUCAUGCAGCCAUUAUCCAGAGGACUCAGUGGAACUUUGCACGAGCUGGGAUGACUUCUGAUCUGAAAAUAUGUCAAACAGUCGUCAGUUUUACUUCCACUUAGAUGUAUCUAUAUUUUCAGAUGUAAAUAUUUUCCACUUGAUCAGUUAUAACAAAUAUUUAUGAUAAUUAAACCUUGCCUCCUAUGGUGUUGACUGUUUUUUAAUAGUAGAACUGGAAACUAAAUAUACUGUAGGAGAGUUCAGUCAGUUCAUUGAUGUCACUGCAGUUGAAUGCAACAACUUAAUAAACAGAUGUUUUGCCACUUUUGGUUUUGUGAACUCUUUUUUUCUUACACUCUGUAUAUAAAUGCACGAAAAAUGUUUUGUUGGGUCAUUAAAAUUUAUGCGAAUAAUUAAGGUUUGACGUCAGAGUCACAAGUGCU